GACUUCUUGAAAACAGAAAGAGAAACUGAGCACCAUAAAGACACAGCGGCGGUGUCUCUGGGACCGGUUCAGAGUGCAGUCUCGCGCACAGUGCGUACCUGACAGCGGACAGGAUGACGACGGAGCAGCAGGAGCCGGAGAAACGCUACGAUCCGGCGGACAGGACGCUGCGGUUCGUGACACGGCAGGAUGACAUCACGCUGGACGACGACCCGGACUCUCUGAGGGCGGAGAUGUCCUGUGGUCACGCGGUUACUCCACAGUCCCUGACUGCGUGGUGCAGGAGCCUUCUGGACCAGGGUCAGUAUGUGUUCCGGUGCCCUGCGCUGAGGGACGGCACUCUGCAGAAGUGUGGGGCGCAGUGGACCUAUCAGGAGGUGCGGAAGCUGGCGGUGCUCACCGCCACAGAACAGCGCCACUUCGAGGUCACACUGGCAGCGCUGGCCGCUGCGGAGUACUGUGAGUGCAAAACCUGCCCUGGCUGCCAGACGAGUGUUGAGCGGAAGGACCUGAGCAAUCUGUGUGUGCAGUGCACGGUGUGCACAGCGGAGACAGGGCGGCUCUACCAGUUCUGCUGGCAGUGCCUCCAGAGCUGGAAGGGCCCCGGGCCCCGCAGCGAUCGCUGCGACAACCAGGGCUGCACCAAUAAGGAGCUGGAGCUGCUGAAGCGCUGUCCAACCAUGUCACUGCCUCAGGUUCCGGGCGUGGUUGACUGCCCCUCCCUGCGGGCCUGCCCCACCUGCGGCCUGCUGCUGGAGCACGACCGCAGCGGCUGCAAGAACCUCCUGUGCUCGCGCUGCCAGGUGGAGUUCUGCUUCGUGUGCCUGAAGCUCACGCCCCUCUGCCUGCAGACCAGCACCCACUUCCGGCCCUGCCAGGACGGGGUGGCCCCCCGGCAGACCAGCAUCCCCGCCUGGGACAGGAGCUCCACUCCAUGACCCAUCAGCCACACCUGCACCGCUCCACUUACUGUUAAUUUACCCUACAUUUACCGCUUGUUUACAGCUUAUUUACAUUUUUUUUAAAAAGUGGAUUGGUAUAAUUGGUUAAUUACAAACUAUUAAAAAAAGAUGUCCAUGUGAUUGAGACAUUUCUGCGAUAUUCAUUUUUAGAAUUACACAGUUUUCUUGAAUGAUACUUGCAGUUAUAUCAUUAACACAUUUUCAGUAUGUUAUUUUUCUUAAUUUUCUUAGAAACAUACAUCUAUUUCUUCCAAUGAAAAUAAAAAGUGAAAAUGUGUCACAA